AUGACCGACCUCACUCCCACCCUCAAUCAACUCCUCUCCGCCAAAAAUGGCCCCUCUAUACCCAACAAAUCCCGCCCGUCGCCAGAGACAGCCGACGAGUUCUUAAAGGAGGCAUAUCGAAUCAACUCACACAUCCACUCCCUCCUAAAAUACCUGCAAACGAUCCGCCAUGCCUACCUCUCAACAACAGCCCCCCAACGCCGCAACCCCAACACGAGCACGCGCAAAGACUCCAACCCAACACCGCCCUCCAAAACCCAAUCCCACCUAACCGACCCAGAACGCGACGCCGUUGACUCCUCAACAGCCCUCCUCCUCCGCGACCUCGCCGCCUCAAUCUCAAACCUCGCCUCCGCCGAAACCCUCCGCCAAGAAACAGAGUCCAGCAUCCUGCGCAAGAAAUACGGCCACAGCGCAGCAGGCCAAUUACUCUGGCGCUGGGCCGGAGGCGCAGGCAUCGGCGAAGAAGACGAGGGUAAAUCGGAGGAACAAGUUCGCGCAGAGGAGAGCGCGAAGACGACUCGCACUGUGCGCGAGGGUGUGCUCUGGUUUCUGAGGACGGGCCUCGAGGGCGCGGCGAGCGUGCAGCGGGAAAUGGUCGAGAAGCGCAUCGAGCGCGUGCGCGAGAAGGAGAAGAGUGUCUUGUAUAAGAAUGCCGUGCCUGGCGCGAAGGUGCCCCCGGCUGCGUCGGAGUACGGUGCUGGGUCCAAGUCUGCGCCACCUGUGCCGACGCCUGAUGCCGUGGUGUUGAGUGAGGCGGACUCGGCGCGGAUCGAGGCGCAGCUUUCACCGGAGCAGUUGCAGCUUUUUGCAGAGGAGAAUGAUUCUAUGCUUAGGCAUUAUGAGGAUACGCUUGGGAAAGUACAGAACGCUGAGAAAUCGCUCAUCGAAAUCUCCUCUCUCCAAGAAACCCUUGUCACCCAUCUCUCUACGCAAGAAGAGUACAUCUCACAGCUCGUCAGCGACGUCGACACGACUCAGACGAACGUCGGACGAGGUAACCGCGAGCUCAAGCGCGCGACCGAGCGCCGGAGUACGGCACAGGCAGUAUUCUGGGGGACGAUCGGGUUAUGUUAA